AUAAUGGUGUUGUGUUUUUAAUAAGAGAAAGUGCGCAUGAAAUUUUAUUUGAAAAAUUAUUUGAAUUUUAAGAUAAAAAAUAUUCCAAUAAGAAUAAUUCUUUAAGAACAAAAUAAGGAUUUCAAUUUUUUGAAAGAUAUUAUAAGAAAUUAAAAACAAUUACGAUAAGGUGUAGAAGAAAGUGUUUGUGUUUUUGAUUACAACGAAACAGGUUUAAUUGCUCAUUUUUUUUGCGUAUAAUUGCAAUUUGACAAAAAAUUUUAGCGCGAAAAAAUCAAAAUAUUUUUGUGAAUUUAAUCUACCGAAAAAGGUUUUUACAAUAAACAUAAACGAAUUAAAUAGUAUAUUAACAAUAUUUUCGAAAAGAAAAAAAAGUCAUAAUUUCAUUUUAUUUUAAUUUAAAUAAGUGAAAAAUUAAAAAAAAAUUGAAUUUAUUAAUAUAACAUAACCCCAGAUUUUUAUUUGACGCUUGAUUUUUUUUGUUGGAAGCUUGGAUACAAAGCUCCACAAAAAAAAAGAACAAAAAAAGAAAGCAAAAUUUUCAAACAAGCACAUUGAGUGAAAAAUAAAAAUAGUCAAGGUAAAAAUGUGUAUGUGUGGGUUUAUUUUGACAACUGGCUAUGCAUUAAAAACUUAACUUCAAUAAUGAAAAGUCAAAAUAAAUUUAAUAUAAUUUACUUCACUAUUUACCUACUUACGUAAUCAUUUAUUAUUGUUAUUAAUUAAUAAAAAUACAAGAAAAAUAAACUUGGGGACGACUUUGAAUUUUUUUUUUAUAAAGUACACAAAGUUUUCUCUGUGAUAUCUUAUUAAUCAAAAUUUUUAAGUAGAAUUUACAAAAAAUAAUUGUAAAAAUGAGUGCUAGAGUGUUAAAUCCUGUAGUAUUUAAUGAUUUUCAUAGAGUACGAUCGCCACCAACUUAUCGUACAGAUUUUUCAGAUAAGAAAUUGGAUCGGAUUAAAAGAGAUUUGUUUGGUGCCCCUAAUCCAGUAGAAAUAAAAAAAUUGUACGAAACUGAAAUUCAAAAACAACAAGAAAUUGCAUGUAAAAAAUGGGGUUUUGAUUUUUUAAAAGGCCAACCUUUAUGUGAAAAAACCCAACAAUAUAUUUGGGAACGUGUUACUCUACCAGAUUUUAUGCCAGCAAUGUAUACAUUAACAAGAGCUGCGCAUGUACGUGAAUUGCCAACACAAGAGCCAACAUCAGAAGAGGAAUCUCUAUUAGAUGAAAAAGCCGAUCGUGAAAAUGCAAAUUCAAGUUUGGAAUCAACAUUAUCUGAAGAAGAUGAUGAUGUUAUAUUUAAAGUUCCUUGUCUAAGAUCAAGUUUAAGAAUAAAAUCAAAAACAGAUAUGAAAUUGAGCAAUCAGUCAACGAUAUCUUGUUUAGCUUCUUUAGGAAAAAGACAACCAAAAAUAACAGAAUAUAUGAAAGAACGCAAACGACUGGUAUCAGCAACACCAAAAAAAUUAUCACCACCUUCAAAAAGAUUACGUACAAUUAGCCCAUGCCGUACAUCAACGGUAACAUUAUCUUCAAUGUCUUCUUCUACUUCAGCGCAGGAUAGCGGAACUAGUGGAAGAUUUCAUUUUCGAAAUCAUUAAGAUCAGAAUUUGGCGUACAAUGAAAUUUAAAUUUUAGGGAAUCUUCUAAAAUUAGAAAGAAAUAGAUUCUAUUUCAAAAAACAUUAAAUUUUUUUUUUCUAUAACUAAGAAAUUAAUAUUAAGAAUUUGUAUUUUAGAAUUUCGAUUAUAUAUGUAUAUAAUUAUUACAUAUUUGAAAAAUUUAGGGUUCCGAAAAAAUAAUUGCUUUCAUUGAUUUUUACAUAAAAAAAAAUACAUUAAAAAAUGUAAUUUUAAAGAGAAAACAGAAGGUAAUUUCUUUUUUGCGAUCCUUACUCCCUGUACGUAUAGCGAUAAAAUGCUUUUUUUUUUUGGAUUUAGUUUUGGAAAAUUUUAAUUAUUAAUGAAAAAUUAUAAUAAUUAUUAACGAUAAUAAAAUUAUUCUUACCCCAUUUGUACA